CCCUGAGAGCGGGACCGACCUCAGCUGCAACUCAGCCUCCACUGUUAUUAAAAAUAAAAAUCGCUAGAGCAGCCCUCGUCAUCUCUACUUUGAUAGCUGGCUAUUGGGAAUUUUUGAAGGAUAAUUUGAUUUUUUUUUUUUUAACUUCCUAUGCGGCUAUAAGUUCUAUCACCCCAAAGCCACCCACCAAGGACGCGGAAUCUGUGCAUUCCAGGCUAAGAGAGACCUUCCGGCUGGGUCCCCCGCUUUGGGCCGAUUUUGCGCCUCCAAACAACCUUAGCAUGAUGUCUUAUCUUAAGCAACCGCCUUAUGCAGUCAAUGGGCUGAGCCUGACCACUUCGGGCAUGGACUUGCUGCACCCCUCCGUGGGCUACCCGGGGCCCUGGGCUUCUUGUCCCACAGCCACCCCCCGGAAACAGCGACGGGAAAGGACGACAUUCACCAGGGCGCAGCUAGACGUGCUGGAAGCACUGUUUGCCAAGACUCGGUACCCAGACAUCUUCAUGCGGGAGGAGGUGGCACUGAAAAUCAACUUACCUGAGUCUAGAGUGCAGGUAUGGUUUAAGAAUCGAAGAGCUAAGUGCCGCCAACAACAGCAGCAACAACAGAAUGGAGGCCAAAACAAAGUGAGACCUGCAAAAAAGAAGAGCUCUCCAGCUCGGGAAGUGAGUUCAGAGAGUGGAACAAGUGGCCAGUUUACUCCCCCCUCUAGCACCUCAGUCUCAGCCAUUUCCAGCAGCAGUGCUCCAGUGUCUAUUUGGAGCCCAGCUUCCAUCUCCCCACUGUCAGAUCCCUUGUCCACCUCCUCUUCCUGCAUGCAGAGGUCCUAUCCUAUGACCUAUACUCAGGCUUCAGGUUAUAGUCAAGGAUAUGCUGGCUCAACCUCCUACUUUGGGGGCAUGGACUGUGGAUCUUACUUGACCCCUAUGCAUCACCAGCUUCCUGGACCAGGGGCCACACUCAGCCCCAUGGGUACCAAUGCGGUCACUGGUCAUCUCAAUCAGUCCCCAGCUUCUCUUUCCACCCAGGGAUAUGGAGCUUCAAGCUUGGGCUUUAACUCAACCACUGAUUGCUUGGAUUAUAAGGACCAAACUGCCUCCUGGAAGCUUAACUUCAAUGCUGACUGCUUGGAUUAUAAAGAUCAGACAUCCUCGUGGAAAUUCCAGGUUUUGUGAAGAUCUGUAGAACCUCUUUUUGUGGGUGAUUUAAAAAAAAAAAAAAAUUUUAAAUACUGGGCUGGACAUUCCAGUUUUAGCCAGGCAUUGGUUAAAAAAGUUAGAUGGGAUGAAGCUCAGACUCAUCUUCUGAUCAAAGUUCCAGGAGGCAGAGAAGGAAAAAUGAAGGGCCUUCAGAGAGGCCCAACAGCCAACAACCUGAAAUGGACAACUCAAUCUACUUAAGAUCCUGUCAUAGUUUUAGAUCAUUGGCUUUCCUGAUUUGCAAAGUGAUCAAAAGUGUUCUAGUCAUGUACAACCAACCACCACCCAAAACAAAAUCAAAUGAAGCUAAGUUGUGAGGGAAGAGAGGAAAGGUCAUUCGCAGCCUUUCAAAAAGCAGAGGUGUUUCAAUGUUUUAGCCAAUCCUUGGUUGAUUCUUCGGAAUGGACAGUGUCCCAAGCUCAUUCACUUUUCAUGACCAACUGGUAGUUGGCACUGAAAAACUUUUCAGGGCUGUGUGAAUUGUGCGACUGAUUGUCCUAGAUGCACUACUUUAUUUAAAAAAAAAUAAUGUUCAUAAGGAGUCAAUAUGUAGUUAAGAGACAAUCAGUGUGUGUCUUAUAUAAAUGGUACAUCUGUGGUUUCUAAUCUGUGCUAGACUUCAAAACUGUGAUCUCCUGUUAUUGUAUGCAACCUUGAACUCCACCUCUGCAGGGGUUCUUCUGUGAUUAAAUAGGUUAUAAUUAUAAGCAAAAUUCAGAGCAACUGAGUACUUAUCUAAAAAGAUUACCUUUGGCUGGAGGUGACCUGCACUGAAACUUUACCACAAAAUAUCUCUGGACAAGUGAAGUGAGAGAAGAAACAAAAGAACACGAAUUCAUCUGUAAAUUUACUGUUGGUAAACCUAGCAGUAAAGACACUGGUCAAUUGCUCUGACCCUGAUGAAUUUAUAAACUGAGAUCAUUCUCGUUUAUGCUUGCAGAUGUUAACUGGAAAAGUUAUAUAUGCAUAAACCUUUUCUUCCUGGAUUUGGCAGAUAUGUAUAAUUAUAUUAAAAUGGCUCUAGCACAA